UUUUGCCACACGACUGACUGAGUGACCAACAAUGGAGACUCCUCAAUCCUUUCUGCUUUCUCCUCCACCUAAGGAAACUCGGCAAUCAGCAAAUUUUCAUCCAAGUGUUUGGGCUGAUUUCUUUAUCUCAAAGCCUCCACUCCCUGACAUAAAUAUGGCAUCGCUUAAAUCAAAGAAUGAUGAGCUCAAAGUUGAAGUAGGAAAAAUGCUCAUCGAUAACACUCAUCCAUUGCAUUCACUAGAGCUUAUUGAUAGGAUCCAAUGCCUUGGAGUGGCCUAUCAUUUUGAAAAGGAAAUAGAAGAGAAAUUACUUAAAUUUUAUGAAACCAGUGCUAGCUAUGAUGAUCUAUACACAGUUGCACUCAAUUUUCGACUACUACGACAACAAAGAUAUCACAUCUCAUGUGAUGUGUUUAGCAAAUUUUUGGAUGAAAAAGGAGAAUUCAUGUCUUGCUUAAAUGACGAUGUAAAAGCUUUGCUAAGCUUAUAUGAAGCAGCACAUCUUUCUAUGCCUGAUGAAAAAAUAUUGGAUAAAGCCUUAGACUUUUCAAAAAUCCAGCUCAAGACUUUAGCUUCUAAUAUGGAUCCCUAUUUAUCAAAGAUGGUAUCAAGUAGUUUGGAAAUACCAUUAGUCAGAAGAGGAGAUAGGUUGAAGGCUAAACUUUAUAUUUCAAUCUUUGAAAAAGAAAGCAUAUGCAAUGAAACCCUCCUUAAUUUUGCAAAAUUGGACUUUAAUUUUUUGCAAGCAUCUCAUCAAGAAGAAGCACGAAGUUUAUCCAUAUGGUGGAAGGAUUUAAACUUGACAAAAAGCUUACCAUUCACACGUGAUAGACUAAUAGAAGGUUAUAUUUGGGCACUUAUAGUAUCUUUUGAACCCCAUUUUUCACGUGCAAGAUUGAUGAUGGCAAAAGUGAUAUCACUAAUAACCAUUCUUGAUGACAUAUAUGAUGUUUAUGGGACAAUUGAAGAGCUUCAAUUGCUUACAGAUGUAAUCGAGAGUUGGCAAUUUGAAAAUGUUGGAAAGCUGCCUCAAUACAUGCAACACGAGUUCAUUGCAUUGUACAAGAACUUCAAAGAGUUUGAGAAUAAACUAGAGCAAGAACAAUAUUCAUUUCGUGUGCACUACCUCAAAGAGGAGAAGAAGAAAGUGGCCAAAGCAUACUUUCAAGAAGCCAAAUGGGCAAAUGAUGGCUAUUUUCCAAAGCUUAAAGAUUAUUUGGGAGUUAGCCUUAUUUCUUCUGGGUACAGUUAUCUUGCAUGUGCAUCAUACAUAGGCAUGCAAGAUGAAAUUUCAAAAGAAUUUUUUGAUUGGGUAACUGGUAUGCCUCUAAUCAUUAAAUCCGCUGAAUUUAUUGCUAGGGUGGUGAAUGACAUUCGUACAAACGAGUUUGAACAAAAAAGGAAGCAUGUUCCUUCAGCUGUCCAAUGCUAUGUCAUGGAACAUGGAUGCUCCAAGGAAGAAGCAAGCAAGAAACUUAUGGAAAUGGUAGAGGAAGAAUGGAAGAUAUUGAAUAGAGAAUUCAUGUUUUCUAAGAAGAAAAUUCCUAUCCAUUUACUUAGGACAAUUGUUAACUUGGCAAACGCAAUUGAAUUCAUAUAUAAGGACACCCAAGACAAUUUCACAGAAUCCACUAAAACCAUGAAAGAUAAUAUCAUUGAUUUGCUUGUUGAACCAGUUCAGAUACAUAUGGAUGUUAGACUUACAAGUCCUUCAAGUGUAUAAUAUAGUAUCACAUAUGUAUAAGGUUGAACUCAUGAAAUAUUUAUCUGUUCAAGAACUUGUUAGCUAUUUGCAAAAUAAGUUUAUUUCAUAUUAGUAUUCCUCUCUUGGAAAUAUUGAUGUAUCAAAUAAGAUUAAUUAUCAUGGCAUGCAAUAAUAAUCUGUGGUGUAUUAUUUUUA